AUGCUACAUCUGAAAUCACAACAAACUCUUCACGUUCUGUGCUCUGUACAGAACGAUAUAGGUUUUAACAGCUCACGGAAGCUGCAGCGCCCUGCUGCUGAACUUGAUUCGCCUCCAAGCUUCUCUUCUGUCUUCUUAACAUCAGAUUCCUGGCUUCUGUCUUCUUCUCAUCAGAUUCUUGAGUUUCAUUCUCCUGAUUGGCCUCAACUUCUGUNUCUCAAAGCCGUUCAUGAUUCCGUAUACGCCAUCACAGAGAGAACAACUGUUUCCAGUGCCAUCAACGUUAUGAAGGGUGCUCUGCUCAACGCUGUCCCUAUCGUUCACGCACCUGAUGUACCACAAGAGGAUCAUCUACAGCUAAUCAAUGGGAGGCAUAGGAAAGUGAUAGGUACGUUUUCGGCAACGGAUUUAAAAGGAUGUCGCUUGCCGGAGUUGCAGACGUGGCUGCCACUCACAGCUCUUGAGUUCACUGAGAAAGCUACGGGGAAAGAGAGGGACGUGGUUAGUUGCGGUGUGGAAGCAACGAUGGAGGUAGCCAUAGAGAAAGUGGUGACCAGAGGAGUGCACAGAGUGUGGGUGUUGGACCAACAGGGUCUUCUUCAAGGGGUCGUCUCCCUCACUGAUAUCAUACGCUCCCUAAGAUCUGCUCUUUUGUAAACGAUGAACUUACUUUGUUUUUUACUUUACCUCAAUAAUCUAACAAUGUAAUCUUAUAGUUUGUAAGAUAUGCUCUUUUUUAUAAUCAACGAGCCCACGUCUUUUACCUC